AUGGUAGUGCCUACAAUGUACUGCACGAGCAAAUACCAUUCCAUGAGCGGAGAGCGCGAGGAGCGGCCAAUGCAGCUGUACUACAGAACGGACGACUGGCUCAAGCACCAACCGCUUAUCUUCGAUACAGAAUUCAAGGAGCGCUUCGGAGAAAUAUGGCCGCGGUUUCUUAAGAAGAAGGGCGUGUCGGUGGCAGAAUACGGGCCGUGGAACAGCACGAAUCGCGUGGCGAAGGAGGCGGCUCGGGCGACGCUGUUGGUUCGGCGGUUGCGGGACGAUGAGUACGCGUACCAAAUCUGCCAGCAGGAGGAGAAUCAGAAGCGGCUGGGGCGGAAUUACAAGUUGCUGAGGCGAUCGCAGUCGCUGGUUCGCGUGGCGAAUCAAAUUUCAGCGUCCAUGGGAUGGUACUACGUGGCGGUGCAUGUGAGGCGAGGCGACAAGGUGGCUGAUGAGAACCGAGAGUUCUGGCCAAAUCUGGACCGAGACACUCGACCUGACGC